GAGCCCUCGGGCCGCCAUGGCGGCGGAGCCGCUGCCGGGGCCGCUCCCGGACGAGCCCAACCCCUUCUCCUUCCGAGAGUUCGUCCGCACCAAGGCCCGCGGCGGGGCGGGCGCAGCCCCCCAGGCGGCGCCGCCCGGGCCCACCGCGCUCCCGCUGCCCGCAAUGCCCGUAGAGGUGGGGGAUGACGAAGAGGAGGAGGAGGAGGAGGAGGAAUGGAGCGAAAGCUACCAGCCGCUGGCCGUCGAGCGGGCCCACCUCGCUGCCGCCGGACCCGCCUCGCCCUCCGCCGGUUCCCUCUGCGUGGCCGCCCCCGGAACCCCCCCGGGCCCGGGCUGUGCCCCGGCUCGGCAGCCCAGCUACGAGCAGCUGAAAGAAGAGAAUGCCACUUUGAGAAGCAAGAUCAGCAAACUCAAGUUCUCUCUGAAACCCAAGCAGAUAAGAUGAGGAAGCUUGAGAAAAAGCUUGAGGAAAACAAAAUCAAAGAAGAAAAAGAAGCACAGGAUCUGGAAGCAAUGGUGCAGCACGUGGAGCAAAAUCUCCAGCUGAUGACGAAGCGGGCUGUGAAAGCUGAGAACAGCGUUGCCAAACUGAGGCAGGAGAACGCCCUGCUCCAGGUCCAGCUGAGGAAUUACAAGGCAGAGAACGAGGCCCUGCAGCUGGGCCAGGCAGGGCUGGCAGCAGCAAAGCAGAACGCAGAGCUGGCCCUGCAGCACCUGCUCAGGGUCACAACCAGCUCCAGAGCAUCCAUCAGGCAGCUCCUCUCCGGAGCAGAAUCCCUGCAGCUCGUGGCCGAUCUCCUGAAAUCCAUCGACAGAAUUUCCGAGGUGUCAGAGGACGGACAGUGAGUGACUCAGACACCACGGAGGACUUUGCUUUCGUUUAGUAACCAUUACUAAAAAGCGAAUUUUUUGAUA